AUGCAGUUCACCAUCGCAACCAUCGCCAUCGCGGCCUUUGCUCUCAACGCCGCUGCAUGGGAGUUUUCCUUUUCGGACACUCCAGGUUGUCUCUUCACUGGUGACACCGUUGCUUCGGGCAACGGUAACCAGGCUUGCACAGCCGUCACGGCGGGUGACGAUGAUGACCAUGUCGACAUUACUGGCUUGGGAAACUGCAUCAUUAGCUUCUACGAGGACGCAGGAUGCUCGCUUGCUCUUGACUACGAUGCUUUCGAUGAAGAUGACUGUGAGGAGUUCGAAGGCUACAGGCCAGCGGCUUUCGAUGUUACUCAGUGCUAG